AUGGCCUCAGAGACAGACCCAUUACCAGUUUCAGUUGCUGAUGGAACCAAACUAAUGAGCACAACAAUAUGUAAAGGAUUUCGGUGGGAAAUGCAGGGUACCAAAUUUCAAGCUGACAUGAGGAUUUUGCAACUCAAGGGCUGUGACAUGGUAUUGGUGAUUCAGUGGUUAGCAACAUUGGGUCCAGUGAAAUGGGAUUUCAAGAAUCCUAGCAUGGAGUUUCAGUUGAAUGAUAGAAGGCAGGUGCUAAGGGGAGGAAAGAAAGAAGAAUUGACAGUCAUUAGGGCUAAUAAGAUAAAAAAGAUAAUUCAGAAACGAGCAUAUGGAGUUGUAGCUCAAGUGUACUCUCUUCAAGCUGAAUGUAAUGAACUAGAAGAUACAUUGCCCCCAGACUUGGAAGCAUUAUUGGCUGAUUAUGAAGAUAUUUUCCAAGAACCUAAGACCUUUCCUCCAACCAAAGUUCAUGACCAUUGCAUACCAUUGAAACCAGGGAUAGAACCUACCAAUAUCAGGCCCUACAGUGUUAGUCCUUAUUCUUCACCUGUGCUAUUAAUUAAGAAAAAGGAUGGGAGUUGGAGAAUGUGUAUUGAUUAUCGAGCCCUAAAUAAAGCUACUGUGAAGGAUAAAUUUCCUAUUCCUGCUAUAGAUGAACUCCUUGAUGAAUUGUGUGGUGCUAAGUAUUUCUCUAAACUGGAUUUGAGAUCUAGUUAUCACCAGAUAAGGGUAACUCCCGCAGACAUUUACAAAACUGCAUUUAGAACCCAUAAUGGACAUUAUGAGUUCAUGGAAAUUCCUUAUCAGAACAGAUCACCAAAGCUUAAAGUACCUAUUGGAGCAAAGAGUGGGCACUCCAUUCCAACAGAAAUGGAUUACUACAUUGUCAUUACUGAUUUGAUUCUUGAUCAUACUUACCAUAUGGGCUAUCGUUGGGAGCAAUGGAUUCUGACUUGUAAAGGCAAAUUGGUGGUAGGGAACAUGCCUCAGCUUAAGAUCCAGAUUAUGGAGGAAUUUCAUUGCUCUGCAGUAGGUGGGCAUUCAGGGAUUGAUAAAACCACUAAGAGAAUUCAGAGAACUUUGUAUUGGAAAGGGUUAAAGAAAGAUGUUUUGAAGUUGGUUUCCGAAUCCAUCACAACCACUCCAUAUUACACUGUUUAUGGCCAAGAUCCACCAGACCACACCUUUAUUGCUUCCAACCUCUAUGCUGUGGCAGAGGUAGAUAAUUGGAUACGUGAAAGAGCUUCAAUUCUCAGAAUGUUAAAGGACAAUCUGCAUCAAGCUCAACACAGGAUGAAGCAUUAUACUAAUAUGCAUAGAUCUGACCGUGAAUUUGAACCACAUGACUGGUGCGGCUGCAACCUUAUAAGCAGUCUACUUUGGCAUUACACAGGAAUAUGA